AUGGACAGGAUCAGUUUCUUGCCGGAUGAUUUCUUGUUGCAGAUACUUUCAUUGCUUACCACAAAAGAUGUCUUGAAGAAGGGUCUUUUGUCGAAACGUUGGCGGAAUCUUUGGAAGUUGGUUCAUAAACUCGAGUACAUCGAUUGCACUACGAGCUUUAUUGAUCAUGCGAGGUUUCUGCUGUUUGUGGACAGGUCUUUGCUAUUAAACACGGCUCCAAUCUUAGAGUGUUUCUCUUUCAAGUUUGAUAGGAGAUACAAUGACGUAGAUAUCGGAUUUUGGGUUAGAAUUGCGGUGGAACGAGGUUUACGCAAUUUCUUUUAUUAUGCUACCAGUCUUCAGCCGCCUAGCAGAUUACCUCAAUGUUUGUUUACUUGCGGAACACUCGUGGCACUUAAACUCAGCAAUGUGUCGCUUGCCGAUGUUAAGUUCCCUAUUAGUUUCCCGUUACUCAAAGUAUUGCACCUUCGUUGGGUGAUUUACGUUGACAAUGAAACCCCUCAGAAGCUUUUAUCAAGCUGCCAUAUUAUUGAAGACUUGGUCGUGGACCGAAAAAGGAAUGAUAAUGUAACAACCUUUCCUAUUACGUUGCCUUCACUACGAAAGUUAUUCUACAAUGGAGUAUCUAAAGACGACAUGUUUGAGUUGAAUGCUCCUUCUUUGAAGUGCUUAGAGAUUAGAGAUGUCGGUUACGAGUGUAUGGUUGAGAAAAUGCCUGAGAUCGUGUCUGCAAAUGUGGAGGUUAUCUAUUCGAAUACCGCUGACAUGCUCGGUUCUCUAACAUCACUCAAACGCCUCUCGAUAUGUUUACGAUCAGAGUCGCCGUUUCCUACUGGUAAAAUCUUCCAUCAGCUUGUAGACUUGGAGUUUUGCACAUGCAAUUCAGAAUGGGAUCUACUUCUGUCUUUUCUCAAACAUUCUCCAAAACUACGAGCUCUCAAACUCAAUGAGAGACAUGGCUGUCGUUUUGGAGAACAAGCGUUACAUUGGGAUGAGCCAAGUUCUGUUCCUGAAACGUUGAUGUCCGGACUUGAAACUUUGGAGUGGAGAAACUACAGAGGAUGGAAUGUUGAGAAAGAACUCGCAACGUUUAUCUUGAAACAUUCUCGUCGUUUAAAGAGAGCGGUUUUCUCAACAAAAGUCACCAAUUUGGAGAAGAAACAUGGAAUGCUCAAAGAGUUGGCUCUUUUGUCCAGAGGUUCAACGACAUGUCAGCUCGUCUUUGACUAAAAAAGUCUGAAACCAGCUGGUUCAGAAGCAGUUCGGAAAAACAAAAUUAGCUCUAAACCAGUUUUAUUGCAUCUCUUAAAGUACCAUCUGCUCUGUUUCUCUACAUGGUCGAGCCUUUUCUUCUUUGUUGACUUUAGCCUUUUAUUUACUUCUAGUGCUAAAAUGUUUUUACUAAUUAGGGAACACAUGGUUGUCUUUGUCU